AGGCAGGAAGUGACUGCUGGGAUGGGGUAGCUUUCCCCAGAGCAGCACGUUGUAACCCUGGCUGGCCUGUGCUGUCCACAGCUGUGCCCUCUGGCAGGCAGGCAGGUGCCACUUGAGCCCCUCUCUCCAUCCUGCAUGGCUCCAGCCUGGCUUCUGCACAGUUGGCCCCAGGCCAAGAUCUGCCUGUGCCUGGCCCAAGCUAGAGAGCCCAGGGGGAACAGAGGUUUCCCCGCCCUCUGUGACUCAGGUCUGACAGCCCUCCUGGCAGUCAAGCAUUCAUGGGGUGGGGAGCAGGAGGGGCCAGGUGGUGACAUCAGAGUGGGGUACAAAAGCUGGAGCAGCAGAACAGUGCCGAGUGGGGCGCCAACUUGAGUGUAUGCUGACUUGAAGCGGCAACUCUACCUGCACCCUACGGAUUGCCUGCAUCAUGGCACCUGCUGGCUUCAUGCUGGGCUCUCCAUGGCUUCUGUGGCUCCUGGCUGUGACCUCCUUAGCUGCCGGGGCACAGCCACUGACCCCUCAGGACCCUGAGGAAGAGGAGGACUCCACAGCCACACCUCUGCGGCCUGUACCCUGUGAUUACGACCAGUGUCGCCACCUGCAGGUGCCAUGUGAGGAGCUGCAGCAGGCCAGGCCAGUGCCUUGCCUGUGUCCAGGGCUGUCCAGCCUGGCCCAGCCACCUGCCCCGCCCCGCCUGGGCGAGGUACGAGUGGUGGCCGAGGAUAGCCACGCCGAGGUACACUGGUGUGCGCCAGCCUCCCCUGUGCACCACUACCAGCUUCUGCUCUGGGAGGGCACCAAGGCACCACACAGGGGACCCCUACUCAAUGCCACUAUCCGUAGAGCCACACUGAGGGGGCUACAGUUGGGGAGUACCUAUGUACUCUGUGUGGUGGCUGCCAACGAUGCUGGGGAGAGCUUGGCUCCUGGGCCGGGCAGCGAGGAUCCUGACGGGGUGGCCUCCCCCACUUUUGGGCCCUGUGGCCGGUUCUCGGUGCCCCCUAGGCCCAGCACCUUGGUGCACACAGCCAUUGGGCUGGGCGCUGCCCUGGCCCUGCUGAGCUGUGCUGCCUUGGUCUGGCAUUUCCACCUGCGCCAACGCUGGGGCUGCCCAAGACACCACUAAGCCACUGCCAGACCCUAGAGGACAUCUGCAUGGUGGCUAGGAACACUGAGAGCUUCGGGGCCCCAGAGGGACAUCCGGUGGUCACUGAGGCUCUUAGGUAUAAGAAGAAAAUCCUGACCCUGGAAACUGCAGCCACCAGCAACCCCUCCUGGCUCCGCAGCUGUGGCCUGCUGAACUGUUACACCACAGUGGCUCCAGGGGACUUUGUGAAAGGCUUGGGGGUAGGUGUUGGGUCUCCUGCUUCCAUGGUUUCCAAGACUGAACAAACCUGUGUGGGAAUCUGCCUGGUCCCAGGAGGGAUAGAGAAGAGCAGCCCAGGUGCCAUCUGGCACAAGUAAAUCUCCAUGAUGUUUUGUUUUGUGUUUUUUUCUCCUUGAUGUUUAAAACAGAAAAACAGUUACCCCUGGUAGAAGCGGUGUGAAAAGAAUUAAGGUCCUGCUGUACAGGAACCAACUCCCCAGGACAAAUGUAACUGUUACUGUUACUGCCAACAUGGCCUAGCAAGAAUAAAAAUUAUUAACAGUUA